UUUGCACACUGACGAGGUGCCAUGAGCCUAUAACACCAUGGACAAACAAUGUUAGGUCGUCCACAAUCUCCUUUCUUAACUCAACACCAUCACAUACCCUGUUUGUCUUCUCAUGAUUACAAACUGGCCCUUUGGUCCGUAGAACUACCUCAACCCACCGCGGUCAAGCUACACAACGAUACAUUAGCCCACACAAUAGGGGAUACAAAUUCCAAACAAACUUGAACUGAAACCUACGCUUGUCACCAGUGCUAUAUGACUGAGCGUAUGAUUGUCACAUUAUCUGCCGGUUCUACUGUGUUUCUGCUACUGCAUCGUUGUGUUGUAUCAAGUGUGCAUCCCGCAAGUGUCAAUCUGUGAUCUCCUGUACAGAGCAACGUCUUGCAGAGGUUCCUGGACACCAUGUUGCCCAGGACUGUGUUUCAAGUUUUACUCUUGGCCUAUAUAGCCUCUAUUACUAAUGGACAGUUUAACUUUUGUCGCUUGCUACAAGGUCAAUGUCAGGCCAUAUGUCCAGCGGGUUCUACCACUCUGUUCCAAGCCCCAAUUCUGUGUCCCUCCAGGAACUACUGCUGUAUUCAAGAUAGAUCACAACGAACGACAACGACAACAACGACAACGCGAAUCCCUACCACUCGAACCCCAUAUCCGGUAAUCACAGAAUGCGGGAUAGGACUACAGUCCCGUAUAGACGUUUCUUCACGGAUUAUCGGCGGUUCCAAUGCUGGCCGUUGUGAAUUCCCAUGGAUGGUGUAUAUAUAUAGAGAAAACAGUCCAUGCGGAGGCAGCAUCAUCGACAGCAGACAUAUAGUGACAGCUGGUCACUGCCUGAGUAACGUAGCAAAGUCGCAGCUGACGAUAACUAUUGGUGAAUACAACACGAAUGAGUACAGGCCCAAGGCGGAGUUUGUCGUCCGCAAUUACAGAAUAUUCAUCCCGUCGACAUACCAAUCCCAGUACUACAGGGAUGACAUUGCAAUGAUUAAACUAGAUGAACCAAUCGACUUUUCACGGUAUGAGUGCCUCACACCAAUCUGUAUUCCCGAGUCCUGGAGAAGGUUUUCCGGAGUGUCUUGCACUGUGAUCGGAUGGGGCGUGACACGUACAAACUAUACAUAUCUGAAUCCUCCCCUGUCAGCGAUACUACAGAAGGUAGACGUGGACAUCGUGGACAACUCCAUCUGUACACAGAAGUUUGGGACGAGCUACUUCAGGACUACUAACUAUUGUGCCGGUAUCCUUGCAGGAGGACGCGACUCGUGUGGUGGCGAUUCAGGAGGACCCCUUAUGUGUUCAACAAUGGACAGAUUCGGCAGACGGAGGUUUACACUUGCAGGUCUUGUUUCAACGGGAUCCAACUGUGCUGAGAAAGAUACCCCGGCUAUAUACACCGAUGUAGCGCAAUUCCGCAACUGGAUUGAUUCUAUUCUUGCAACCCCAUAGAGUAUUAAGUUGACGGAGAUAUACAAGGUCAACCAGCGCAUCGUUGGUGUUGGAAGAUUUUGGAAAAUCCAUAGUGUUCAUUUUGUGAAAUAAUUUUUUUUUUAUAAUAAGUAAAGAGAAUGACAUCUUUGCGUUGAGAAAAACAUAUAUUGUAUGGCAAAUGAUUGCAUUUUUUAGAUAUGAUACUGUGAUAGUACUUUUUUAGUUACUAAAAUACCUUUGUCAGUUUAUGGCUUGUCGUUAUUAAUCAAGCAAAUUUGGCUUUCUAAUGAUCGUCUAAAUCAAAUUGUUAAGAAGGCUAUGUCCUUGGAAACUUUGGAGUCUCACUUUGAAACGACAAAUAAAGGAACCUUGAUCUGGAUAGAAAAUUUUGAAAAAAUGUUGAUGAAUAACUCGAGCUUAUGAACACACCAAAUGCUCUAUGAGAUGUGUGAUGUACUGCUCCAGUGUAUUAAUGUGUGACCCUAAUGACCUUUUUAUGACAUGGUACAAAACAAAGUUUCUUAAAAUGAAAAGUUUUGACGUUUUUCUCAAAUAUAACAGCAUGACAACAGUGAAUAAAUCAGAACGUUGAUCUCCACUACAGCUGCUUCUUACAAGGACUACAAUAGGACGUAGUUUUCCACUACAGCAGUCUCUGACAAGGACUAAAUUAGGACGUGGUCUCCACUACAGCAGCCUCUGACAAAGACUAAAUUAGGACGUGGUUCGUAACUACGACAUCCUCUGACAAGGACUAAAUUAGGACGUGGUUCGUAACUACAACAUCCUCUGACAAGGACUAAAUUAGGACGUGGUUCGUAACUACAACAUCCUCUGACAAGGACUAAAUUAGGACGUGGUUCGUAACUACGACAUCCUCUGACAAGGACUAAAUUAGGACGUGGUUCGUAACUACAACAUCCUCUGACAAGGACUAAAUUAGAAUGUGGUUCGUAACUACAACAUCCUCUGACAAGGACUAAAUUAGGACGUGAUUCGUAACUACAACAGCCUCUGACAAGGACUAAAUUAGGACGUGGUUCGUAACUACAACAGCCUCUGACAAGGACUAAAUAAGGACGUAGUUCUCUGCUACAGCAGUCUCUUACAAGGACUAAAUAAGGACGUAGCUGUCCACUACAGCAGUCUCUGACAAGGACUAAAUGAGGGCGUGGUUCUCAACUACAACAGCCUCUGAAAGUGUUAAAAUAGGGCGUGGUUCUCCACUAUAACAGCCUCUGACAAGGACUAAAUUAGGGCGUAGUUCACUGCUACAACAGUCUCUGACAUGGACUAAAUUAGAACGUACUUCUCCACUACAACAGUCUUUGACAAGGACUAAAUUAGGACGUGGUUCUCAACUACAACAGUCUCUGACAAGGACUAAAUUAGGACGUUGUUCUCCACUACAACAAUCUGACAGUGAAUUCGAAAACAGCUUCCGUCAGAUAUUACCUCACUGCAGCUGCCUCAGUUCACCAUCGUUUUUGCACGGUUCAUAUGUAAACGCACCUGCAUCAAUGUUCCACGUUUAUGGACUGUAAAUGUUCGUUAAGCGGCAUUUCAUCGAAUUUAAUAUGUUGAUUGUGUCUUACAUGUAUAUGUCCACAGCCCCACUUGUAACGUUCUGUAUAGAUUUGCACAACGAAUGCGGAUAUUUAAUUGUUAAUGUUUAAGGACACUACUAUGAACAUAAAAUCUCUUCCUUUGGACAUCUAGAUCUUCUCAUCAAAAUAUCUUUAAUUGGACAUAAUAUACUAGCGGAAAAAAAUAACUGUGCCUCAAAUAUAGUGGUGUAAAUGUUGUUUUAAAAAAUAGCAACGUAAUAUUUGGUCAUUCGUCUGAUCAAUGUUUUAUCAUAUAUAAAUAUGAUAUUCAUUGACACAACCCAUACCUUGUAACAGGAGACAGAGCCACACGCCCUGAAACAGGUGUAUGUAACUCAAUUAACAAUGUCAAUAUCAGGUGUGACCACCGUUUGAUACAGGAUAGGCAGCGGUUGCCUAUUGUAGCCGGGAUUGCAAACAGCCCGGUGGAUGUUGUUCCAAACGUAACCAAAGAUUGGUCCAACUGAGCUAGUGUUUCCGGCUGGUUCUGAUCCUGUCGUGUGCGUCCUCAUCCCAGACAUGUUUCAUGGGAGAGAGGUCUGCAGAAACAGGGCAUUACAACAAUGUUUUGUUGCCUCAAAACGUCCGUUAUAACACCAGCAACGUGUGGGUGGGAAUUAUGUUGCUGCAACGCGGCGUUAUGUUACUGCAUUUGCGCAAAGGGUAAGAUAUGACCUCGAACGAUCCCGGUAGCGUACGCCAUUCAAAUGAUGACUGGUGUUCUCCCAUGAGCUGUGAUACCAGCUCAUAUCAUUACAGUUCCACCUCGAAACUGACGACGUUGAGUAACGCAAGCGUCGCUAAAACGUACCCCCGGACGCCUGUAGACUCAUGCACGACAGUCAGAAGCUGGACUCAUCUGUAAACACUCUACUGGCCCAGAUUUGUUUUCUGAACAUCAGACGCUGUCUACACCAAGCCAGGCGUGCCUGACGUUGACCUGGAAGCACAUAUGGGCAAAUUGUUGGACAUCAGGGCCGGAUGUUGUGCUCCGUCAACCGUUUGCGUAUGGUUCUGGGCUCAACCCGGGAAUUGCAUCGAUUCCGUAGAUGCACCAACCGAACAUGGUUGUCUUGUUGACGUGACGCAACACGUGGAGGGCCGGCCCGUGGCAUGUCAUGAACGUUACCCUGCUGUAGAUAACGUCUCCAAAGAGACAAUAUUGUGUUUCGAUGAACAUUAAAAUGUCUGGCAACUUCGUUUUGCGCUAAUCCUGUUUGCAGCCUUCCCACGACGAUUAGACGUUCAUUUUUAUUGCGUAAGUGUUAUUCAGGGUUGAACAAAAUUGUUGUUUCUUAUGAGCACCUGAUAGCUAAACAAUCAUUUUGAGCUGUUCACAUUAAAAAAAGACGUUUAUGAGUAUCAUGCCCCCCAACAAAAACGCAAACAUCCAAAUUGUGCGCCGUGCAGUAACAUGCGCGUGCAAAUUGUGAAUCAUGGCCUUUAAGUAGAGGAGGUGUCUUCAUGAAUAUUAAAUUUCAGGACAAAAUUAUUUUUAUUGAACUUGACAUGAAGCACAGUUAUUUUUUGUCGUUACUUUUUAUCAACCCACCGAUAUUUUCCACUGUUGUGAUAAUACCAACAUAUACUGAUUGUGUAUUUCUCCUAUGACCACUAUAUACCAUAUACUUAACACUGACCCUCAAAUUGGUUCAAGUGUGUCCCUUUUGAAAAUAAAAGUUUGGAAAUUGUGCAACGACAUUAUAAUAAUUUAUCUGUAUAUGCAAAGCAUAGUGUGGUACAGAGAUUUCGUGUUGUUUUUAAGCAUGAUUAAAAAGUUGAUAGAACAAACAUCCGCAUCCUCAUUGAAGAUUUUUACAAGUGUAUCUAUUUCCUAAACAUGAACUUGUAAAUAAAAUGCCACUUCAA